UUUGGUCUGCAAUUUCCUGUUUAAACCGCGCGGCGUAAAAAAAGUUGGUUUGCCUCCGACGCUGGGAUGACUCGGCUACAUGUCGUAGAGCUGUGUGCUGCUUGAAGUGUUAUGAAGCGAGCCGCACUGGCUGAGAUGGCCCUGGGAGAAGAGGACCGAAAGGCUGAAGCAGGAGGUGGCUGCCAGGAGAUUGUCAUCGAUGGCACCACCAUGCUUGAGGCUGUGGAGGCCAUCGUCUCAUCGGACGAUGGCACCACCACCAAUGUCAUUCUUCAGGACUCCACUGGGGCUACUCCUUCGGGUCUCUUCAACCAGCUUCAGGAGGGCCUUCAAGUUGGGGUAAUUGCCCAGCACAUGGACAUCACUGAGCCGCUUAGUACGCUGCGGACGCUGCUGGAACAGCGCCUAGGAAUCAGCUUGCAGGACUAUUCCUUCUUUCUUCAGGACACCCAAGAGCUGAAUGCCACAAAGAAUUUAGUUGACCAGUGUGUGCAAGGAGAGGGGCUUGUGCAAGUCAACGUAGAGAUCACCAAUAAGGACGAUGUGAAGAAGAUAAACAUUGUGGACGUGCUAAAGCCAGCCGAAGAGAUCCUUGCAGUGGCCCAGAAUGUGAUGCCACAAGAGGAAUUGAUAGGAGAGCCUCCUGUUGUACGUAAAGUAGUACUGCCUGAAAACGAAGAACCGGAGAAUGUAACACGGUGGAUUGUCUCCGGCGAAUUCAAGAAGGAGCAAGAUAAAUACAAGAUACCGACUGACCCAUCAUCAUGGAAGCUCGAGCAUGUGCAACGAUGGUUUCAGUGGGCAUCGCAACACUUCAACCUGCAGAAUGUCAACGCAGACGACUGGAACCUGACAGGAAAGCAGCUGUGUGAUCUCAGCCACCCAGAGUUCGUUCGACGUGUGUCCUUUGACCCUGGCGAUAUCUUUUGGACACACCUCGAACUGCUCCGCAAGUGCAAAAUUGUAGCUGUGAUUCAGCAGCCCGUGUAUGUUCAGCCAGCCCCGCAGGUGAUUGCCAUCCAGAAAGCUGCAAGCCAGCCGGCUCGGUCGCGAAUCAGGGUACCCAAGCUGUCGCCUAGAGUAGCAUAUGAGGGGUCACCUGGAAACAGAACAGGCAACAAUGGCCAGAUCCAACUGUGGCAGUUCCUGCUGGAAAUGCUGACGGAGCGGGACAGCCGUGAGUAUAUCCAGUGGGUCGGUGACGAGGGUGAGUUCAAGCUCAACAAUCCCGAAAUGGUGGCCCAGCUCUGGGGAUUGAGAAAGAACAAGCCUACCAUGAACUACGAGAAGCUCAGCCGUGCUCUUCGGUACUACUACGAUGGUGACAUGAUUGCUAAGGUUCACGGCAAGCGUUUUGUAUACAAGUUUGUGUGUGACCUCAAGCAGCUGGUGGGCUACAGUGCCUCCGAGCUGAACAGGCUGGUGCUCGAGUGUCAACAGCGACGCAUGGAGAAGCUUGGCGGCAGCAUUCUAUCCAUGAGCACCCUGGAGGUGCCGACUGAACAGGACGACACGGAGGACCUCUGAGGCUGGGCUUCACAGAGGGCAGCGCCUUUCAGAGCCGACGCUUGUGUUUGGUGUGCGGACUCCUAUCGCGGCGCAGCUCCGUGCGGGCAGCCCCAGCCGAGCACUCGGCCAACUCUGCACAACCUUCUUGUGAGAAAGGAAAUUGUUUGUCGAGUGACUGACGUUGGUGCUCUUUUCUUUUUUUGCUAUGUGUUUUAUAUUUGUAGUUUGCUUUGUGAAAAAUCGGCAGUUGGGAACUGGGGGCUUUUACAGUCCGACAUGUCUGUAUCCUUAUGCACUCAUUUGGCUACAGUUUGAGAUGACUGUUUCGAUUCGUUGAGAGCUUGUUAUUAUUACAUGUGCUUGUGACCACCUGCAUGUCCUGUCAAAUAUCUGCAAUUGGGAAGACGAGGUCUCUUGUAGAUUCACCUUGAAACAUUGUCUGUGCUGUUUUGUAAAGUCGUCUCCAUUGAGCAGGUUACGGCAGCCACUUGCAAUUUUCAUAAUCCAGCUGUUCGGCCUAUAGUGCAAUGCAAGCAUUGUGAGAACACUGGACUAUGCACAAUGAUCAAAACAUUUCUUUCCAGAGGCACUUGUGGAUGGCGUUUUCUUUAGCUGCAGAAAGCUGAAUAUCAGUUGUCUCAGUUUUCGAUCCUCAAAGGACAUUAAGGGCAGUAUCUUCUCCUGUUAUCUACAGGCAUCAUGUGUUACGUGAAGAAUUUGGAUAAGUGCUACUGUUCCUCCGCCCAACCUGUUUCAAGACAUUUUAAUGGUGAAACUCUCAGAAGUAGGUUACAAGUGCCACCAAUGUUUGGGACGACAUGGCUAAAAAGUGAAAAUCACCUAUUUGUUGUUGAGGGAAAUGGUUACCUUUGUUGCUUCUUUCAACAGCGAAAGUUCAACUUUCUGAGUUGUGACUUCUUGGUUGCUCGCUGAUUCCUGGACUGCUUUCGUAGUAGAAAAUUAAUCAUAGCAUUCCAUGUGUAGAAUAAAAAGACCCUGUUUUAGUUUGCCAUCAUGGCUAAAAGAGAGAAAGUCAAUUUGCCUCACGGAAACUUUGUUGCCAGCCUAAAAGGGGUGUCUUCCUUGAUUUCAAGCAUACCUGCCAACCCGUGAAUGGUAAGAUUCAUUAAAAUUCAGUCAUAACAGGGGAGGAGGUGGAGAAGCUUGCUUUGAGCGUGCACCUUUCUUUUGCAGGAUACACACGCACUUUAUUUAGUGAGAAGCUAUAGACACAGCAGAUACUGAAAAGCAAUGCAUUGCAUUUAGAUAACUAUGGCAUUUCCAGUGGUUUUUCCGCUGCAGAUUUUGCCACUUUCAAGAAUACGUCUUGAUGAAACUUGCACGAUGCAUAACUGCUCAAUCUCAAAGGUCAUGAGAAUGGCACAGGUAUUAGAUGACACCUCAUUCACAGGUUUCAAAAUUUUUCAUGGACAGAAUCUAUUUUUCGUAACACUUGACGAAAUGUUAGUAAAAUCGUAGGACAGGCUCAAAUCUGUGCACUUUACGAAAAAUUUAGGAGUUGGAAACAAUGAUUUCAAGUGCCACCAGACAGAGAUGUUUGUUGUGCGCAUCCUAAUUGUGAUAAUAGCGGUACAUUAUGUUGCAGUUUUGAAAUGAGCUGUAAAAGCAUUCCUGUAAGUUGUUCUUCAUGGCACAUGCUCCGUAGUCGUCACCGCAUGUGCAACUGAAGAAGGGUAUUGUGGCAUGUGCGAUUCUUGGUGCUGUCUCUGUGGCACACUUGCCGUCGUUCCAAGUGCAGUUAGGAUUGUGCUGAAAGUGGGAAAAGUUCCCAUGGUACUCACGUAAUAUAAGAUGGCAAAGUGGUAUCACUUCGGUCUUUUAACCUGGUGAGUUGAUACCACUGCUGAUACUCAACCUAAUGUCUGACGAAAAAAAAGAGAAAGAGCAUGCAAUUCAGUAACAUUGAGGCAUGGUGUUUAUUGCAGGCUUGUAUUGAAUCUUGGCCAACAAUGCAGAAACACAUUAAAAACGGAAAUUCUUGGACAAGCUUCAUGUGUAGGUUUAAUAUGCUUCAAUGAACUAUGUUUAUGCAUGCCAUUUAUCUACAAGGGAUCAUUGAAUUGUGGUUUGGUGUGUAUUGGCAACACAUGCUAUGCGCAUAGGAAUCAGAAAGUGUAAUAUACAUAGGAGGCAGGGCCAGCUAGGGAAAGGAGUCAUGCUAGUUGUUCUUUUGAUUUUUUUUUAUGUUGCAGCAGACCCUUCAGAAUAGCGUUAAGCUGGCUUUUCUGCAAUGCACAUUAACUCGAAAUGAUGGGUCAUGCAUUGCUAAAAUGCUGAUUAAAGCAUAGCUUGUGCAUUGUUAUUGGUUUUGUGUGCUUCUUCCCAUCAUACUUUGCACACAGAAACAAUAAAAUUGCACCAGGUGUUCAGUAAUUGCCAUUUUAACUAUGUUCUGGCUGCCACAUUUUGAUUUUGGUCAUUUGUGUAUUGCGGGAAAACCCAGCUUGGCACUUUUCUAAAACAUCUCGUAGUUUUUUGUGUGAAUGUUGGCCUUGUGUAGCUGUCCUUUCUGUUGUUAUUUGUUACAUUAUGAUAGCUUACGAAUAGUCUAUGCACUUUACUGCUUUUGUUCUUGCAUUUAUUUGUUCAUCAUGAGCACUUUUGUGUCAUUUUAUGUUGUUCCCUUACCAUUAUACUCUGUUUCUUCAUUAAAAAGGUAAAGUAAAACUAACUGUGAGUGGCCCACAGUGCUAUGGCAAAACUUGUUUUGGUCUAGUAGCAGUCAUGAUUUUUGCAAAUAUUCGAAUCAGUACAACACUUUUCUUUGGUGCAGAAAUGUGCCACUAUGACACUUUGAACUACAUAUACAAAUGAACUAUUUUAAAUUGCUGAGAUUUGAAUAGGCAUGGUUAAUGUUUAGUUUCUCCUCAUUAGUGGUAUGCCACUGAACCUUGACCCAAGUCAGGAUGUAGAGUGAAGAGACUGCCGUCUAUGGGGAAUAAUAGAUAUUUACGCAGUGCAUAGCGCUCGACUAUACCUAAUGCACACUUGUAUGUAGUAAUGUUUACGGCUGAGAUUCUGGUAUUAAGCAGUGAGCCAUUGCUAAAGCUUCGGUAACUGUUAAGUUGCUGUUUGUGUUGUAAAUACCUGCGAUGCACGUAUUGAUGGUGGCCUUUGUAGAGAAAUGUCAUUUAGAUAGAACCAAUGCAAUCUUAUCAGGACUGCAUUUUUUUAACAUAAAGAAAAGAAAAAUAGCAGACGAGAAAAAUUUGAAAAAGGUAACAGAGCCAUACUGUGUUUGUGUGUUGUUAUUCAAGAAUAUCCAUAUUUUUAGUGCACUGAGCUCACGGUUGCCCACCCUUAGGGGAACAGCUCUUCAGUACAGUUGAACUUAAAUAUAACAAACACAGACAUAAUGAAUUGUCUACUAAGACAAAGUAAAUUUAAAAUGUGUCUAACCGAUAUCGCCGUGUAGAGGGGAUAAACUUAUAAUUAAUAUCAGCUAUAUCGAAGGUAUUCUCAUGUUGGACGCUCAGAGAAGUUUAAAUUUGGCCUCAGCUCAGCAAAGUGAUCUUUUAUUAGAAGCAUGCCAUAUGUCACUUUUUUCAUGAUGUAGAAGAAAUAUUGAAGUUAUACUGAAUUGCACUAUUAAUGAGAUGUUCCCUCUGACUUUUAGCAAUGCUGUACUAUAUCUUAUUUCCAGCAUUUCAAACUGCUCUAUGCCCUUAAUAAAAUGCACAGUCUUGUGAAAACUAGGAAAAACUAAAGGGCCAUCUUGAAAGCAUGUUUGUGAUGGCCGAUUCUCUAAUUAUCAUUUUGCUGCAAUUUGCUAUGUGGCUCUUGGAGGGUUAGUUGGGACGAUGUUUGGUGUACACUCACUUCAGCACGAUUGCUGUGAAAUGAACCUGGUUACAUGGGCAUUCUUGCUUUGUUCAUAAAUGUGUGCUUUUUUUUUUGUAAGGUGUAUUCUGUCUCUGUCCUGCUGUUGCAUUACAGUGGACGGUGCAAAAACAAUGUUUGCUUAUUAAACGUGCUGGUUCACGCAAGCACAAGUGUUGAACAGG